UAAAUAAAACAAAAAACAAACAAAGUGGACUCUCCUCCUAUUUUUUUCACUUACUUUUUUGAAAAAUUAGGAUUCUCUUUUUAUUCCUUUGAUUUUAUUAAAGAGUGAUAAAGGAAUCCAAGAUUAGCUUUCUUUAUUACUAUUUUAGAGUAAACACUUUGAAUCUUCAUUGAAAGAGAGGGAUUCUAUAAUUAGAAAGAUGGGUACUGAGAGUAAUUAUCAGAUGAAGGUGGUGAAAGGGGAUUAUGGCUAUGUUCUUGAAGAUGUUCCUCACUUGACUGAUUACAUCCCUGAUCUUCCUACUUAUGACAAUCCAUUGCGGUCAAAUCCUGCAUAUUCAGUUGUGAAGCAGUACUUCGUUGACAUGGAUGAUACUGUUCCCCAAAAGGUUGUUACUCACAAGGACAGUCCCAGAGGGGUGCAUUUCCGGCGUGCUGGUCCACGUCAGAAGGUGUAUUUCAGUUCGGAUGAUGUUCGUGCUUGUAUUGUAACUUGUGGUGGUUUGUGCCCAGGGCUAAACACAGUGAUCAGAGAAAUUGUACAUAGCCUUGAUUAUAUGUAUGGGGUCAGCAAAGUCUAUGGUAUAGAUGGAGGUUACAAGGGUUUCUAUUCAAAGAAUAUCAUCACUUUGACACCAAAGACAGUUAAUGAUAUUCAUAAACGCGGUGGUACAAUUCUUGGAUCAUCACGAGGAGGCCAUGAUAAAACAAAGAUUGUUGACUGCAUAGAGGACCGUGGAAUUAAUCAGGUUUAUAUAAUCGGGGGUGAUGGAACUCAAAAAGGAGCAGCUGUAAUAUAUGAGGAAAUUAGGCGGCGUGGUCUCAAAGUAAUUGUUGCUGGGAUCCCCAAGACAAUUGAUAAUGAUAUUCCUGUUAUCGACAAGUCAUUUGGUUUUGAUACUGCUGUAGAGGAGGCUCAACGUGCCAUAAAUGCAGCUCAUGUUGAAGCUGAAAGUGCUGAGAAUGGUAUUGGGGUGGUGAAGCUAAUGGGGCGCUAUAGUGGAUUCAUCACAAUGUAUGCCACUUUGGCGAGCAGAGAUGUUGAUCUCUGUUUAAUUCCAGAGUCACCCUUUUAUCUUGAAGGAGAUGGUGGACUCUUUGAAUACGUUGAAAAACGGCUCAAAGAAAGUGGGCACAUGGUUAUUGUCAUAGCCGAAGGAGCAGGGCAAGAACUUCUUGCAGAAGAGAAUGCGCAUGCCAAAAAGGAACAAGAUGCUUCAGGGAACAAGCUUCUCCAAGAUGUUGGUUUGUGGAUUUCCCAGAAAAUCAGGGAUCAUUUCGCUAAAAAACCUAACAUGCCCAUUACUCUUAAAUAUAUAGAUCCGACUUACAUGAUUCGUGCUAUUCCAAGUAAUGCCUCUGACAAUGUGUAUUGCACUCUUCUUGCUCAAAGUUGUGUUCAUGGAGCAAUGGCAGGGUACACAGGUUACACCUCAGGACUUGUCAAUGGUCGCCAGACAUAUAUUCCAUUCAAUCGUAUUACCGAGAAACAAAAUAAGGUGGUUAUAACAGACAGGAUGUGGGCACGUCUUCUUUCUUCAACCAAUCAGCCAAGCUUCUUGCGUGUGAAAGAAAUUGAAGAGGUUAAAAAUGAGGAGCAGCCGAAAACUCAAUUGUUGGACGGGGAUAACAAUGUACAUGAGAACUCAGGUCACUGUGACAGAAGUGUGUCGUCUGCCUGAGAUGUUGGCAGUAACAGAUGUAUUGCAGUCUAAUUCAUCUGAAGUGAAAUUAGACAAAAAGAAUUAAAAAGUUUUGUAAUAAAUUUAAAUAGUGAGAAAGUCGUAGCACAUAAAUGACAAACUGUAUGCGACUGUGAGUCUGGAUGUCUUUUGAGAUAUAAAAUAGUCUGAGCUUUGGAAGAAA